AUGCAAAUAAAUGUGCAAUCCCAAAGCGAAAAUGACCCUGACAGGAAGUAUAAAAAGAACAGUGGUCGAAGUGUUUGCAUCGCAAUGACUUACGACGAGAAGCACUGGGAAUCUGAAGCUCUCUCACUGAGGCGAAUUGCCUUCCUCGGAGUUGCUCUCUCUACUACAGCAACCCUGAUCUGCAUCAUCUCCGUCCCGAUGCUCUACAACUAUAUGCAGCACAUGCAUUCGGUCAUGCAGAAUGAAGUUGACUUCUGCAAAUCGCGCUCAGGAAACAUCUGGAGAGAAGUUCUCACAAAGGCUUCUAGCAGGAGCCGUCGUCAGGCUGGUGGCGGUUGCUGCGGUUGCGGUGUAUCUGCGAGUGGACCACCAGGACCUCCGGGACCAGCUGGACAGCCUGGCAGGGAUGGGGGACCUGGACAGCCUGGAAGGAAUGGUCCCGAUGGACCACCAGCAACUCCUACCCCGGGACAGGUUGCUCCUUGUUUCACCUGCCCCACUGGACCACAAGGACCUCCAGGAAAAUCAGGACAGCAGGGAGCCCCUGGAAAACCUGGUUCAGAUGGACGACCCGGAGGACCUGGAAACCCAGGAAGCAUGGGGGCUCCUGGACCAAUGGGUCCGCCUGGAAACGCUGGACCACCAGGAAAUCCUGGAGCACCGGGUACACCCGGAAGACUUAUACCAGGUACCACAAACCAAGGGCCACCUGGGCCUCCUGGACCACCAGGACCUCCCGGUCCAGACGGGAAACCUGGAAAUCCAGGAAUGCCAGGAGCUCCAGGUGAGAUGGGCCCUCACGGAGACGAUGGACACGCUGGAGCUCACGGGGACCCUGGCAGCGAUGGGCAUAAAGGAGAGGACGGAAGCAAAGGAACAGGCGGAACCUGCGACCACUGCCCAACUCCU